GGAGCCUGCGUGCGCCAGCGCAGUAGCGGGCCGCGCUGACGGGGGCGGCGAGGCGGUCGCUUUGAGCGUGUUAGUUCGCUCCCUGAAGAGAGUGCGGGCGGUUGGGCGCUGGCAGUCACUCGUGUGUUCGCUGAAUCUUCUUUUCAGGGAGAUGCCCUUUGCUUCUCAGAUGUAAUGCACCUUAUGUUUAUUUUUCAACAGUGAAAAUGAGUCAUACAGAGGUUAAAUUAAAAAUACCUUUUGGAAAUAAAUUACUGGAUGCUGUUUGUUUGGUACCUAACAAGAACAUAGCAUAUGGAAUCAUUCUUACACAUGGAGCAUCAGGAGAUAUGAACCUUCCUCAUUUGAUGUCACUGGCAUCCCAUCUUGCAUCUCACGGGUUUUUUUGCCUGAGAUUUACUUGCAAAGGCCUUAAUAUUGUACACAGAAUUAAGGCAUAUAAAGCAGUUUUGAAUUACCUGAAGACCUCAGGAGAAUACAAACUUGCUGGUGUUUUUCUUGGAGGUCGUUCCAUGGGCUCAAGAGCAGCUGCUUCUGUAAUGUGUCAUACUGAGCCAGAUGAUGCCGUUGAUUUUGUUCGAGGUCUCAUUUGUAUUUCUUACCCACUGCACCAUCCAAAGCAGCAGCAUAAACUCAGAGACGAAGAUCUCUUUCGUAUAAAGGAUCCUGUACUGUUUGUGUCAGGCUCAGCAGAUGAAAUGUGUGAAAAGAACUUGUUGGAGAAAGUAGCACAGAAAAUGCAAGCUCCCAGUAAAAUUCAUUGGAUUGAGAAGGCAAAUCAUUCCAUGGCAGUGAAAGGACGGUCAACAAAUGAUGUAUUCAAAGAAAUAAACACACAGAUCUUGUUUUGGAUCCAAGAAAUCACUGAAAUGGACAAGAAAUAAUUGUCAUUAAAAGCCAUGUUUUGAAUAAAAGUACGGUUGGUUAAUUUGAUAAACUAAAGUAUACCUCUCAGCAUUGUGAGAUGUAUUUCAGACUAACGUUCUUUAAUGUUGCCCUAUUUUUGAAACAUUGUAUCGUGAAAAUAUCCUUUACAAGAUGUCUUUUGAAAGCACUGUUAUAGUUAUAUGAAGAUAAUGUACAAAUAUUAAAGGUUGUCUAUAAUUUAUUUUCAUUAGUAUAGUUAAGUUUUGAAAAAUUAAACAUUUGCAUUUUGUUACAAUGGUGCCUUUGUUUUACUCUGAAAUACAGAUAAGAAAAUGCUUAAUUUUGAGAAGUAGUAUCACCUUUUAAAAAGAGAA